AUGCCUCCUCGUGCUAUUAACAGCCCCAAGAAGAAGAGGUCGAAGCGCAAAGGCUCAGAUGCUUCUGGCAGGGCAGGUGUACCCAAAAAAUCUCACCAGACUAUGGACCUCACUGAAACACUCAGUGUACCACUUGUUUCCCUUGGCCUUGCUGAAGCUGAAGAUGGUGCUCCACGAUGUUCUGGCUGCCCCAACGCAGGGACCAGAGGUAGGAACAGCCAGCUAGAAAAGAUUGGUGCAGUCCUUGAGUCUCAGUCUCGAAGUCGUCCUCCCAAGGGCUCCACAUCCCUCAGUCCUAAUAUCCCAGUGAACCCUCAGGCUCCGGAACCAGCUCGUAAAGGAUGGAAGGGUUGUUCAAAGGCAGUUCCUCUGCCUUAUAGUUCACUCACUGUUACCAAUGGUCCUGCAAGCAUUGAUAACACAGGUCCUGGUCUUUCAAUGCACCAACCUGGCGGAAGGUUUGGUUUGGUUGCUCCUCCCAGUGCUGGCCGCAGUCUUCACAAGGCUAACAAUCCACAUGUCACUGUUGGCUCGAAGGCUGUCAAGAAGUGUGCUACGAAAGUAGCUCAUGAUCCAAACCCAUGCAAUAUUGUACCGCCACUCACCACCUUCGUAGAACAAAACUUGGAUCCGGCCCUUUUUGAGGAGGACAACAAUGUCAGGCAUCAAUCUAUACUGCGAGAAUUCCAGCUGUUGAACAGCAGACCCAAAGUCAGCAGCACCAAUGACAGCAAUGAUGAAGACGAGGACCAGGACCAGGACCAGGAUGGGGAUGAGGACGAGGAUGGGGAGGAGAGGAUGGGAAGAGGAUGA